AUGCAGCCCAUGCAUUUCAGACGAAUGUUCUCAUCUGUGAAGGCAUUUGAGGGGCAGCAGUACUCCACCCUCAAGAGGCAGUGUCUACAGAGUGAAACGCUGUUUGAGGACCCACUGUUCCCAGCUGUAGACAACUCCCUCUUCUACCAGGGGAACAGGAUCGGCCGUGUUCACUGGAAAAGACCCGGGGAGCUGUGUGAUGAUCCUCACUUGUUUGUUGAUGGGAUCAGUGCCCAUGACUUGCACCAAGGGCAGCUAGGAAACUGCUGGUUUGUGGCAGCUUGCACCAGCUUGGCCUCCCGAGAGUCAUUGUGGCAGAAAGUUAUCCCAGAUUGGAAAGAGCAGGAAUGGGAUCCAGAGAAAAUGGACACUUAUGCCGGAAUAUUCCAUUUCCGCUUCUGGCGUUUUGGGGAAUGGGUGGAUGUGGUGAUCGAUGACCGUCUCCCCACAGUGGAUAACCAGCUGGUGUACUGCCAUUCAAAUGACAGCAAUGAGUUCUGGAGUGCCCUUGUGGAGAAAGCUUAUGCCAAAGUAUAUGGUUGCUACGAAGCCCUGGAUGGCGGAAACACAGCCGAUGCCCUGGUGGAUUUUACUGGCGGGGUGUCAGAACCCAUGGACCUUUUGGAGGGCCAGUUUGCACAGGAUGAAGUAGCCAGAAGCCAGCUGUUUGAGAGGGUGCUAAAGGUCCACAACCGAGACGGCCUUAUCAGCUGCUCUAUUAGGGCAACUACAGUGGAGGACAUGGAGGCUAGGCUAGAGUGUGGGUUAGUGAAAGGCCACGCCUAUGCAGUGACUGACGUUCGUAAGGUCCGCCUUGGACAUGGCCUGUUAGCAUACUUCAAAUCGGAGAAGCUACACAUGAUCCGUAUGAGGAAUCCCUGGGGGGAGAAAGAGUGGAGUGGACCCUGGAGUGACAGCUCACAGGAAUGGAAGAAGGUGAGCAAGAGUGAGAGAGAAAAGCUGGGCGUCACUGUUCAGGAUGACGGGGAGUUUUGGAUGAACUUUGAGGAUUUCUGUCACUACUUCACUGACCUGAUCCUGUGUCGACUGAUAAACACAUCCUACUUGAGCAUUCAUAAGACCUGGGAAGAGGAGGUGAUGAGGGGCUCCUGGAUCCAUCGAGACAACCCCCUCCGCAAUCGCUCCGGAGGCUGCAUUAACCAUAAAGCCACAUUUUUGCAAAACCCACAGUAUGUUUUUGAUGUAAGAAAGGUGGAAGACGAGGUGCUAAUCUGCCUGCAACAAAAGGAGCGCAGAGCCACUCCCAAAGAAGGCAAAGGCGAGAACCUGGCCAUUGGAUUUGACAUCCAUAGGGUGGAGUUGAAUAGAAAAUACAGAAUGCACUCUGCACAGCAGAAGGUUGCAGGAUCAAUCUACAUCAACUCUCGCUGCGUCUUUCUAAGGAAAGAGCUAAAGGAGGGGCGUUACGUCAUAAUCCCCACAACCUUUGACACCUGUCAACAAGGAGAGUUCCUGCUCAGAGUCUUCACUGAUGUGCCUUCAGACUGCAAAGAACUAACUCUGGAUGAGCCUCCACAGACAUGCUGGACCGGUAUGUGUGGUUACCCUCAGCUGGUCACACAAGUGCAUGUGUUAAGUGCCGAUGGCCUGCAAGGCCAAGACUCCAAUGGAGCCUCUGACCCUUAUUUGAUCAUUACCUGUGAGGGAGAGAAGGUUCGCUCUCCCGUGCACAAAGACACACGCUGCCCUAACUUUGACAUUAAGGGAAUAUUCUACCGCAAAAAGCCAAAGGAAGGCAUUCACAUCGAGAUCUUCAAUAAGAAUGUGAUUGUUGACACCUUCCUGGGUCAGGUGACUCUCUUUAGUGACCCUAAUGACCGCCAAGAGCAGCACACAGUUUACCUUAAAGACAAGGGCAGUCGCCAAAACAACAGCCUUCCAGGCACACUGACUGUGCGCGUAAUCACCUGCACCACUUUAACCAACAUUUGAUCAUUAACUAAGUGUUCCCUCUCUGCCUGAUUCCUCAUCUGCUCUUCACAUUACACACAAUGCCUUCUGUCAGUCUUCUUUUGUCUUUCAUAUCCUGUUUUUGUUUUACAUUAAAGGAAUAGUUCACCUAGAAUUGAACACUCUUUCAUUAUUUACUCAACUUCAUGUUUUUUCAAACCCAUAUGCUGUUAUUUUUCAGUGGAACAGAAAAUGAGAAUGUUGUAUUUAUGUGCUGGUCACUCUUCUCCAUGAAAUUACAAUAAAUAGUGACAGAAGAGUUUCAAAAAGGAUGCAAAAGCACCAUAGAAAGUAGUACAUAUGACCUGUGUGCUAUUUUUCAAGUCUUCAGAAGUCAUAUGAUAGCUUUGUGUGCAGACAAAAUUUAAAUAUUUGAUUGAAACACUGAAAAUCUUGACUCCUGCCUUAGCUAUCUUUUGGCCAUUCGUAAAAGAAGUAGCACUGUCUGAUUUGUAAACAAAUAGAUCUUUUGACUCAAAUUGUCAAUUCACAAAAACGUGUCUGCUUUCAGACUGAUCUGGUUCUUGAGUUUAACUCACUAACGCAAUCACCCAGUAGCAAUGGUUCUUGAGCUAACAACUCACUGGAUGGAAGAGAAUCAGUGAACAACAACUUAAAUUUCAGGUUGUUUCUGUCCAAAGUCAUCAUAUGGCUUCAGAAAAGAAUAGUGCAUAAGUGAUAUGGACCACUUUAAAGAUACCUUCAUUGAGAUUUUACAUCCUUUUUGAAGCUUGAAAGCUCCAGUUCCUUUUCAUUGCAAUUACGUGGAAUAGGACAACCAGUGCAUUCUUCAAAAUUUCUCCUUUUGUGUUCCACAGAACAAAGCAAGUCAGAUUUGGAACCACAUGAGGGUGAGUAAAUAAUUAAUUAUUUAAAUUUUGGCUGAACUAUUCCUUUUAUACCACUCAAUCAUUGUCUGAUGUUUUUAUAAAGGGCGACGCAUUGUACUUGCAUGACAAGCUGAAGUGGUCUUGCAGUAGAAUUAGAUCCUUUAGGAGUCCAAGUCACAUGAUCAGCCACAGUCUUACCUGCCAUUUUUCCAUUGCUGUGUAUCUUUUACCAUCCCUCUUCUCCUCCGCAUUCAAUCUUCACAUAUCCAGUCACUAUCAAAACAUGUGCCAAUUCACACAGCUUCCCCCAAGAUGCAGAGUGACAUGGAGAUAAACCUGAUUACAAAGACCUCGACAUGUUGCAAGACCCAAUCAUCACUGAAUUAGUGAAGUUCCAUUGAAUCUCCACAAACAAAAUCGCAGUGACUGACGGGUCACAGAAGGCAUAUCUGUGGACUCUCUGUGUCAUGUUGCCUAGCAACAGGAGUCUGGAAUAGAGCCUACUGAAGCACGAAGAGGAGUUCUGCUAUUAUCAGCGGACUUAUGGAACCAAAGGCUCAUCCUCUCUGUUAUGCCAUUUUCAUGGUGAACCAACUGCCUGAGGAUACGUGGGCAUUAAAAAAAAGGACCAUGCAGUUUGAUUAGCAUUACAUUUUAUCCCGCAGUUAAGACUAUGUGUGUGUGACCCUCUGAUCCUCAAAGAUAACUUAAGGACCAUUUAGAGGUUAUGCAUGUGAACAUCAAAGGGAAAUUGCUAGCAGUGUUUUAAGGAGUUAUUCACCCAGAAAUUUACAUUUGUCAUUAUUUUCUUUACUUACAAUCAUUUUAUACUAAACCCAUAUUUAUUUAUUUUUUUCCUGUGGAACACAAAAUACAGAUGUAUAAGUAUCUUAAUGCAGCUCUUUUCCUUAUAAUGAAAGUUUAUAGUGACCAUGUCUGUCAAACUCCACACAAUUAAAGCGGUCUAUACGACUUGUGCUCUGUAUUCCUCGUCUUCUGAACCCAUACAAUAGCUUUGUGUAAGGAACAACAGUCACAACAGUUUUUGAGUUAACAGCUUUCUGGAGGGGAAGAUUAUCAGUGAAUAAUGAUUGAAAUAUUCUGCUCCUAAUACAAAGCAAUCGCAUGACUUCAGAAGAUUCGGAUGGACUACUUUUAUUGUGCCUUUUUGUGUAUUUCAGUGCUUGACAGCUGUUGUCAUGUUUGGAACAAAAACCUACAUGAAGAUACUUUAAAAGAAAAGAUAAAGGCAUAUGGGUUUGGAAUGUUAUGAGGGUGAGUAAAUAAUAGAGUUUUCAUUUUGUUUUUUGUUUUUUCCUUUAAGGUCCAUUAAAAGGCUCUGCAUGUAUAAUUCAAAGGAAAAACUCUAUCAGUGCCAAUGGUGCUUAAGGGGUGAAGGGCAGGCCUUUGGACCCUUAAUCUCUGGGUAUACCUCACUCUUGCUCUGAGGAUUGUGAGACUGUAAAAUAAGGAUUUGUCUGUGUCUUAAUGACUUUCUAGCCAGACUCCUGCCAAACAGCAUGUGCCAUUGUUUGAGACCUGUAAGAACAGCUGCACGAGUCCACUAACUUAGAAGACUCCUGCUUUGGUUUUCUCUUGACUUCUCUUGGUUACAAUGAACCUUAACUACAGACACAUGGUGACUAUCUUCACCAGCAUUGUGUCCUUUCCAAUGGCUUAUUGUGCUGUUCCACCAGAGACUGCUAUAAAAACUUUUGUACACAAUUUGUGCACUACAAUGUAUCUAUAGUGUACCUUUCUUCUUCAUGCCAAGAUUUCAGUUACCAUGUGAGUUUUGGAGAACAAAAACAAGUCCACAUCAGUCUUUUAUUGGUUGGGUAUGUUUUUGCAUCCACUGAUGUGUCUUUUUCUUUAACUUUAUUUGAAUGUCAGCUCUUGAGCUGAAUAUUUUUACAUUUAUUAAUUCAUAUAUCAUUUCUGCCCAGUUCAGUUAAUUUUUACUUAUUCAUCGUUGCCUGAACUGAAGAGGUUUGUUUUUGUUUUGUUGUUUUGUUUAAUUUAAUAAUUUAUUUUAAUUUGUGUUUUUAUGCAAUUUUAGAAUGUCACUUUAUCUUAAGUUUUUUUUUUUUUAUCUGUUUUUACAUUAUUCUAUGAAUCUGUUAAAUUGUUACUGUUAUAAAGGCCACUUGCCAACGUUACCAAGAGCCUAUUUGCAAUUUUUAUUCAUGUGUGUCAAAACAUGUAGCUCAAGAUUCUCUCUAGGUUAUAUAACAAAGGAUGUUUAUACAAUUUGUAAUGUUUCUAAAGUUGAGCCACUGAUCCAAAUGAGUUUGUUGACACAGUGCCCAAAAGAUUUGGAUGAGGAGAGAUAGAUAGAAAGAGAGUAACAGCAGAGUGUUACAAUGCAGUGCCAAUCAGAUUAAUAGUGUUGGAUAACAAUAACUUUUUCAUGCCCAGCAGGUUUAUAGCACAUCGGAGCCUGAGACAACAUGAUUUUUUCAAGAAUGAAUAAUCCUUUUUCUGUUGCUGAAUUAGAUUUCAGUUUUAUACAACCAGAUUGAAUUGGAAAUCCCUAACAAUGGCCCAGUCAUUCAUUUACAUCAUUUGUACCUACAAAGGCCAGAUUAUGACGGGUAAACAGGGGAUUUUUUUGUGAAUGGAUUUUACAUAUUAUCUCUAUAUCUGGCCUCUAUGACUGAUUUACAAAAUAGACAGCAAUUCAUUUUAAGCAGAUAGAUGUUUUAUUAAUAGCAAACUGUAAGUAUAAAUUCAAACAAUUAACAUUUUCCACAUUUGAACCAUAUAGCCUCCUAAUUUUUGCUUUUUAUACACUGAGAAUGCAAUUGACAGAAGAUUUGCUUAAAUCUGAUCAAGUAAACACAAAUAGCCUUAAAUUUAGUCCAUUUCUAUUCAAGAAUAGACAACAAAACUUUCUCACUCAUUAGUUUUGUUUUCCUGUGUGUUUUAUCCAUUUAUGCCGAUUUUCUGGUAAACGAAAUUGCUGUAAAGGAUACCAAUGUGCCGGUACAGUUGGAGCCAUGUGCAUUUCCAAUAUUUGUUUUUCUUCUCUAUUUUGCCAAAUAACAAGUUUAGCCAUUGGCAAAUAAUACUAGAAUGAUAAAGUUCCAAUACCUUUUCAUGCCAAAUCUAUUUUUGUUUAAAGAUGAUUCUUUAUAUUUAUAUAUAUAUUGAUUGUUUGUUUGUUAUUGUUAUUGUUUUUGUUCAUGUAAUGUUCUUUAGCCUUGGCCAUUAAACAGAAUGAAAAAGUACAGAUGGUCUUAAAAUGUCAUGGUUCACUCAGAUAUUGGUGCAUGAUCUGAAGCAGAUACUGAAUUCCAGAUUGUCAGCAUCAGAAGAAUCUUUUUGGAGUAUUGAUCUUGAUACUGCUUUCAUAUGCACGUGCAAUCUUGCAUUGCGUGUGUUUGUUUUUCUUUUCUUUUAAGUUUCUUUUUUAUGAUUUGUUUACAACAAGAUUAUUCUUACCUCUACGCUGUUUGCACAGCUAAUGCAGUAUAUGUAUGAGGAAGACAUGGGCUAAGCAUAUCUGCAGAGUUUUGAUGGGUGCCCAUUUUCAUGUAUGCAAAAUCUCUUGCAUAACUGCUAUUUUCAGAUCUCAGCAUGUAUUUUGUCAUUGGAAAUGUUUAUUUUUAAGAAUGGCAUUCCAGAGUGUCUCUGCCAGCCUCUCAUUAAUGACAUGGUGUUAUUUGCUCUUUGGCCUUGACUGCUGCAUGUACUUUAAAUGAGUGAACCUUUCUUCUCUAACGUAAGCAGUCACAAAUGCUGUCAAGCCAUGUUUGACUUUUUCUAGGCAUCUUGAUCUUUGUCAUUUUCUGAAAUUGGUCAGAUAUUCAGUGAAUGAGCUUGUGAUACUCUUGUAUUUUUCUGAUGAUGGUGAACUUGAAACUGUAUUAAUACGCAAUAGAAAUAUACAAAUAUCUUGCAUGGUAUCAUUCUAUAAAACUAUAAUGAGCAUUUUAUAUCAGCAUUUUAUAUUCCUUUGUUUACUAUUUUUCAUCUAGCCAUUGAAACUUGUGUUCAAAAAACAAACAGACUACUAUUUACUGAUAGUAGGAUUUAGAUCUUAUCUCUGUUUAAAUGUGUUUUAUUUCACGUGCAAGUCUUUGGGUUACACUGUGUUAUUUGAUAUAAGUACUUCUUUCUUUUGUAUUUUGUCAACU